AUGCACGAAGACAAAGAUGGCUUCAAAGAGUCCACUCGCGAACGCAUCGCAAUCUUUCCCUCAAUCGUGACCAGAGCUGAGGAACAUCUCGGUGUGAAAGCGGACGCCACGUGCGAACUCGGCAAGAAGUACCCUGAUGCGAAACACAAAUCGAUUACCGUGUCGCUUGUUAAAGUAUUUGUCAAUUUCGAAGAGGACGAGUUGAAAGUGGAUAAAAUGGCGCCAAAGUAUGAGAGGUUAGGCAAUGGCGUCGAAUGUCCUGAAAAAGUAGAGCUAAUUCUGGAGAAAUGCAAAGAAAUGGGAACAACUAAUGACACGAAUGGCAGAUUGUUGUGGGAUGUAUUGGACAGCUUUAAAUAUAUCGGUUACCAAAAACCCGUAAUCCGUGACGUGAUUAUGGAGAGCCCUAGUAUUUCGAACUACGAGAAAGUUAAUAACUACUGCAAACUGGCCAAUGACACCAUGUUGACAUAUUGCGCGAUACUCAAUUCUAAAGUGGUCGAGUCGAAAAAACUACGCGAUCGUGUUCUUGGUUAUCUAACCGAUGCUGCCAGCCAAAUUAAAGUUAAUCUGGGCGAAGUACUAUGGUAU